AUGGGCGAAUGUAAGCCGGUUUCAACGCCGAUGGAAAUAGGUUUAAAGGGUUUAAAAUUGGAAAGAGCACAAAAAGAAGAAGAAAUAGAGAACAUACCAUACCAGGCUCUGAUUGGUUCUUUGAUGUAUCUAGCUAUAGCUAUGCGACCAGAUAUUAUGUUUACAAUAAGUUAUUUGAGCCAAUAUAAUACUUGUUUUGGAAAAACGCAUUGGCAAGCUGCAAAAAGGGUUUUGCGUUAUUUAAAAGGCACGAAGAAUAUUGGCAUCAGAUAUAAAAAAACCGGAAGUGCAUUAAUAGGAAUGGCUGAUGCUGAUUGGGUAGCAUGUACCAUUGACCGUCGUUCAUAUACGGGUUACAUCUUUAAGUAUGGAGGUGGUCUAGUAAGUUAUGCUACAAAGAAACAACGAGUUGUGGCAUCGUCAACUGCUGAGGCUGAAGAUAUGGCAAUGACGGAAGCUGAAAAGAAAGCGCUGCACUUAAAACAGCUGUUGGAAGAUAUUGGAGUGGCUAAACAAGCUGUACCAACUUAUCAUGAUAAUUUAGCUGCACAGAAAUUAGCCAACAAUUUAAUAAAAUAA